UCGUCAUUACUCGGAGGAAGCGGGAACCCCAUCAGCCUCGAUUUGACUGGAUUUGUCUCCACGCUGGCUUUGCCCCGCUGAUUGAAAAAAAAAAAAAAUUCAAAGCUUCACACAUGGCUGGCGAGAAAGAAAUAUGGCAAAAGAUCGGAGAGGGCUUUGUCCAAGAAUAUUACAACCAGUUUGACAAUACCAAUAGGAUGGGACUGGGUAACCUAUAUUCUGCUGAAGCCUGUUUGACGUGGGAAGGAUCACCUUUUCUUGGGAGAGAAGCUAUCGCUGGAAAAUUAGCAGGCUUGCCUUUCAAGCGUAUUAAGCACAUUAUUACAGAACAAGACUUCCAACCCACGAUAGACAGCUGUAUCCUCAUCAUGGUGUUCGGACAGUUACAGGUAGAUGACGAUCCACCAAUGGCCUUUCAUCAAGUGUUUAUGCUGAAGUCCCAGAACUGUGCAUGGGCAUGCACAAACGACGUGUUCCGGUUGGGGAUACACAACAUACCAGUCUAGCGAACUGGAUUUGUUGGCUCGCCCACAAUGACAUCCAGCUCUGAAUUCAUACUAUGGCCCUGCUGUCAUUGAAAACAAAAGGAAUGAUUCCCUUAUGUUUACAAUACAUUUAUAAGCAGGCUAAUUGUAUUAAUGAUGUCAAAUUACAUUCCUGUCAAAUAAAAAGCAUUUAUCAGACUGAA